AUGUUGCUGAGGCUGCUGCUGUUGCUGCCUGCGUCGUGGGGAGGGCUCCUGACUCAGCCUUGGGGGUACCAACUGGAUCUACAGGAGUCUGUGACAGUGCAGGAGGGCCUGUGUGUCCUCGUGCCGUGCAAAUUUUUCUACCCGAGUAUCUCCUUUGGACCCCGCUACCUGUUUUGGUUCCAGAAGGGGGUAAAUAUGAAUGAUGAUCGUCUAGUGGCUACAAACAAACCAAGACAGAAGCUGCAGGAGAGGGCCCAGGGCCGGUUCUUCCUCCCCAGAGACCCUGGACCCAAUGACUGCUCCUUGACCAUCACAGACGUCAGCAGGCGGGACAGUGGGAUGUACUUCUUUCGAAUGGAACACUACACCAGGAGCUACUCAUAUCGAAAUAAGAUGCUCUCUCUGAAGGUGACAGCUCUGACCCACAGGCCCCACAUCCUCAUCCCGGGGACCCUGGAGUCCGGCCGCCCCAGGAACGUGACCUGCUCUGUGCCCUGGGCCUGUGAGCGGAGCACACCCCCCAUCUUCUCCUGGACGUCGGCUGCCCUGUCCUCCCUGGGCCCCAGGACUCACCUCUCCUUGGAGAUUAACCUGACCCCAAGGCCCCAGGACCAUGGCACCAGCAUCACCUGUCAGGUGCAUUUUCCUGCAGUUGGUGUGACCGUGGAGAGCACCGUCCAGCUUAACGUCACCUAUGCCCCACGGGACGUGGCCAUCAGCGUCUUCCACGGAAACGGCACAGCCAUCAAGAUUCUGCAAAGCACCUCGUCCCUUCCCAUCCCGCAGGGCGAGGCUCUGCUGCUGCGCUGCGCUGCUGACAGCAACCCCCCCGCAGAACUGAGCUGGUUCCGGGGGCCCCCAGCCCCAAAUGCCACCCCCAUCUCCAGCACCGAGAUCCUGGAGCUGCCUCGAGUGGGGACUGCAGAGGAAGAAGAGUUCACUUGCCAAAUUCAGCACCUGUUGGGCUCCCGAAAUGUCUCUCUCAGACUCUCCAUGGUCUCUAAACCAGAGUCCAGGGCCAGUACGAUCAUGGGAGUGAUCGGGGGAGCUGGCGUCAUGGUCCUGCUUUCUCUCUGCCUUGGUCUCAUCUGCAGAGUGAAGACCCACAGGAAGAAAGCAGCCCAGCCAGUGCACCACCUGGAUGACGUCGUGGGCUCGGGCUCCAGGGCGCAUCAGCACCAGUUCUGGGCAGACAGCCUUUCAGGUCACCGAGGCCAUGAUGGCGCUAGCUCCAUCUCAGAAGAGGGACAAGAGCUCCACUAUGCUUUCCUCAGAUUUCACAAGCCAAAGCCUCAGCAUCAGGAAGGCACCAACACCGAGUACUCAGAGAUCAAGGUGCACAAGUAA